AUGAGACUAGACGGUGCGACCAAGGCUACGGACUGCUAUUCAGCUGCCGAGAAAGCACUAGCUGCAUGGGGUCGUCAUCCAGUAACUGAUAUAACGGUUAUUUAUGAAGUAUCUAGGACCAUUUUGAGUUUUACGCUUAUUUUUGGUAUCUGUAUAGUGUUCCUUCUGUCAUCCCUCGUGCCUUCGGCCAUCCCAUCCUCUCUCGGUUAUGGGCGUUCACGACAAAGAGUAACUGCAGCCCAAGGAACUUUAUUAGGACAAGGAAUAUCUUCUGGCACAGCCGUGUCCACUGGCGGCCAAACAGCACAGAGACUCAUACCUAAUCAGGUUGGAGUUACACGACAGAGGGCGUCAGUAAACACAGCUUUGGCCACCGGCACAGGAACUGGCAGAGGACAAGGUUUCUCUUCGGGGUCGGCCUCCGUCUUUCCCAGCAACGCUCCGACGGCUCCAUUGCCGCGAUGUGUGGAAGGCGAGGUGAGAAAUACAAAUGGCCUUUGUGUCAUCCCCGAGGUGACCCGUUCAGUCUUUGUUUACGAACCUCCUGCGCAACUUCAGUUGUCCCCAGGUCCACCUCCGGACAUUCCUCUACCCAGGAUUGAACGAAACGUCGUGUUUGUUCGAUUACCUGAAGGUGGAGGAGCUCCAGAACCAAUCGUUAUUCCUCCUCCAGCACAGAACAAUGUUAUCUAUGUCCUCAAUAAGCAAACCGGAGGCGUGCAAGCGCCAAGAGUAAUCGAAGUACCAGCUCCACCAUCCACUAGUCCCGAAGUAAUUUUCGUUAAUUAUGAAGAUGGUGAAAACCCAAUUCUUCCGGGAGGAUUUGAUCUUCAAACUGCACUCAAUGCAGCCAUAGCAUCAGACGGCCAAGUUAUCAAUGGCGCUGUAGGUGGUGGCGGGUUCGGAGGCAGCAGUGGUGGAGUAACUGGUGGUUUGUCUGGCUCCAGUGGCGGAUUUGUAGGCAGCAGUGGAUUUGGAGUCAGUAGUGGUUCAUUAGGCGGUAGUGGUGGUUUUGGAGGUGGUUCAUUAGGCGGUAGCGGUGGUUUUGGAGGCAGUGGUAGACUUACAAGCAGUAGUGGCCCUGGAACUAGUAGCGGUCUUGGGGGUAUUGGCGGUCUUGGAGGUUUUACAUUGACAGCAAAUGGAGAAAUCCCCGACAGUUAUGCCAGCUAUGCAAGCAGUAGUAAUACUAUUGAAGUUGAACUGACAAAUGAUGUAGGCACUGGAAAUGCGGGAGAUAUUAGUUCUCUUGCAGAUUCUAAUACAGGGACUGGAUUUGUUGAAAAUGAAAGCGGAAAAUCCGGAGUUUUAUUGGUAUCAAGAAUGACUCCAGUGAUUACUGAUGCUGGCGAUAGUCUUGAAUCCCUUACUGGGGCUACGAUAGCCUUGUCGAGCAGCUACAAUACUCCCUAA